AUGGACUCGCCGCCAACACGGUCUCCUACCGAUAACAGUAGCAGCACUGGCAGCACCGACGAGCUCCACCUGCUGCUGAGUGAAGCAGCAAAAGUGUUUUCAGAAUAUGCCCGCGAUUCACUCCAUCCGCAUGCGACAAUCGUCACAGCGGCAACGCCCUCGGACAUAGCCUCCCAACUUGACCUGACAUUCCCAGACUCCGGGACCGGUCACCCCGGUAUCUGGAAAGAUAUUCGCAAUGUCUGCAUCACUGCCACGAACACCUGGAGCGACCGGUUCCUUUACAAACUCUACGCAGCGCCAACACCCAUCGGGGUGGUCAGCGAAACUCUCAUGGCGCUGCUCAAUAACAACGCACACGUAUUCCAGUCAUCACCCGCCGGCGCAGUGCUGGAGGCAGCGGUAGGCACAAAGCUCGCGGAAAUGGCCAACUUUUCUACAAAAACCGCCGCCGGACUGACCUUUCCCGGCGGCUCAUACUCGAACAUGCACGCUUUGAUGGUCGCACGCAACCAGAGAUUCCCCGAGCUCAAGCACGGUGGCAUUGUCGCUUUGGCCAAGGCCGACGUGCGGCCCGUGAUAUUUACCAGCGCCCAUGCGCACUACUCCAUAGAAAAGUCGCAAUUGCUGCGGGUAUCGGACUCGACAAUGUUAUCUGUGUGCCCACAGAUGAUUGGAAUUGCUGCUGGGGGCACGCCGUUUUUUGUCAACGCGACCGCAGGGACCACGGAGCUGGGUAUCUGGCUGCACGUCGAUGGGUCGUGGGGCAGUCCUCUGGCGCUGUUCGCCGACCCCAGCGUAUUCGAAUACCCGAUUCCCGCUGGCCGAAUCAACUCGCUCACAAUCAACCCGCACAAGCUGCUGGUUGUUAUGCGAGAGACGCUAGGGCUGAACGCCAGCUAUUUGUUCCACUCGGCGCCGGAGGAUGACGAAAGUGCCGAUGGCUUUGGCCUUCACCAGCAGAAGCAGAACUUGGCGGGAGCUGGGACUUUGGCGACGCCACGAUGGGAUGUGAUAUGGAUAUCGUGGCGCUACUACGGCACCAAGUACUUUAGCGACCGCGUCGGCCGCGCUCGACAGCUGGCUGUCGAAUUUGCCGAUAUGAUUACUUCGAGAAACACUACGUGUACCAGUGAGCCAGGAAAUUGGAAGCUGUUUGUCAGGCCGCAGAGCAUCUGCGUGUGCUUUUGGUUCAUCCCACACUCUGAGGCUGAUAGGCAUGGAGGUAGGAAAAACAACAAUGGCAGCACUAACCCUCAGUGCUGGUGGGGCGACGUGACCAAGGCGCUGUGCAACCGAGUCAACGCCACAGGCAAACUGCUCCUCGACUACGCGUGCGUCGACAGAUUCGCGCCCACCAGUGUUCCGAGUGAAUACAAUAAAAACACGGUGCCGUUCUUCUUCCGCAUCCCUUUUAACAGCCCUGGCGUGACUGUGGACACGCUAGAAGCCAUUCUGAACUCUAUUGAACUGGCUGCGCGCCAUCUCUACAGCAAUUAG